UUCGCCCUCGUCCCCUUCCCCUCCAUCUCAAUCCCUUCGCUCUCUCCUCUCGUCCCCUCACUGAAUCCCCACUUGGCAAGAAUCUCUCACUCACCAACACAAAAUCAACCAAUGCUGGCUGAUUCCAAGAUGGAUCCAACGAAUAGCAGGCAAGGGUCUUGUUCUUGAGCGGAGCAGCGUGAGCUUGAGGCCGGCGGCGGCGGCGGCUCUUGGUCCAGCGGGCCGGGGAAGGGGCGGAGGCUGCGACCUCACGCGGCGGCGCCAGAUCUUUCUGAUUCCGACUCGUUAGCCUCUCAAUCUUAAAUCUUUGCCUGCAAGCACGGCCCGCGAUGCCGCCGGCGCGUGUGCGGGAGUUGGGGGAGAUGUACGAGCUCGUGGAGGAGAUCCUGCUCCUCAUCCCGCCUGAGGAGCCCGCGGUCCUCAUCCACGCCUCCCUCGUCUGCAAGGCGUGGUGCCGCCUCCUCUCCAGCCACGCCUUCCGCAGCCGCUACCACACCUUGCACAAAACACCUCCAGUCCUGUGCUUCUUACAAAGGUGGGAGGACAACGUGGAGCGCUUCGUCCCCACCACAAAGUUCCGCCCCCGCAAUCCCGAGCGGCGAGACAGUUAUGUGCUCGACUGCCGCCAUGGCCGCAUUCUUCUUGGGUGUAGGUGGUACGAUGAGGGGGAGGAGGACGAUGAGGAGGAGGAAGCUGACGAGCAGUUGGAAGAGGAAGAAGAUGAUAUCGAGGAGGACGGUGAGGGGGAAGAAGCUGACAAGGAGGAGGAAGAAUAUGAUACGGGUGAGGAGGGGGAGGAGGACGACGAAGAUGAAGAUGAGGGGGAGGAAGAUGACAGGGUCUUGAAGAUGGUCGUCUGGGACCCCGUGUCGGGAGGCCGAACCAAGUUGCGCAGCCCCGACAUCUUUGACCCUGACGUCAAUGGAGCAACCUAUUGGGGCACAGUGCUAUGUGCGGCGGAUGGCUGCAACCAUGCUUCCUGCAACUUGGGGCCAUUUUUCGUGGCUUUAAUUGGCCUUGACAGCUACCAGCCGUAUGAUGACGAUGAUAAGAGGCUGUGGGCGUCAGUAUACUCAUCAGAGAGCCGGGAAUGGACCUCAACAGCCAGUAUUCACAUCGGUGGCGUUGGAAGAUUUGAAGACUCCAUCAUCGGAAGGCCCAGUGUCUUUGUUGGACAAGCGCUCCACUUCCUCCUUCACGGGGAUCCAACUGUGGCCAACAUUUUUAUUCUCAAGUAUGACUUUCGUAGGCAUCGCCUAUCAGUCAUUGAUCUGCCAGAGCUGCGUGUUAGCAGUUGGUUGGCUGGGUGGAGGGCACCGAUAUCAUCAUUGCAGUCACAGAUCUUGGUGUGUUCACAGUUGAUCUCAAGUCUUUGAGGUUGAGGAAGUUGUCGAGUAAGCCGUAUAAUUUCACAUUCAAGCGAGAUUCAUUUAAUAACCUCUUUCUCUACACGAGCUUCAACAAUCCACCAGGUACAUGUAUAUAUGGUUUCUUUGAGACAUAUGUUACUUUUCCCUUGAGAAAUUCGUCAAGUUAAACAAGGAAAUUCACCUCCCAUUGAUGUGUUACUC